AUGUGUUGCAUUGCAGAGUGCACAGAAACGAGCCCAGUUGUGUAUUCAAAUGCCUCAGCACAGAAUAAAUGGCUGAGCAAACAUUUUUACGCUAUCAGUGAAGUGUUGCCCGAUCUUACAGAGGCUUCAAAAGACAUUCUUGAGGAGACUUUACAGUCAAUUGGAGUAGAAACGUAUGAUGACUUCCAGUUCAUUGUUGAGGAAGACUUGCUGUCAGCAUUAAGACCAAUUCAAGCCAGAAAGGCACUUGCUGCUUGGAAAUUCAGAUGCCGGACCCCUGAAACCAGCAGGUCCUCAAGUAAUGCGUCACCAGAUACUCCUCCAUCACAGCCGUCUUUGUCCCCACUAAGUGUGUCAUCAAACUCCUCCAGCAGCAACCAGUCAUCUGCAGCAGACUGGGUGGACACCUUUGAGAUACCAUGGGAAAAGUUCUCAGAAGAACUGAUGCAGGCAUUAGAGAGAGGUAAACGGCCAAGUCCAAAAAUGAGGAAGGAGAUGGUCAGGAUUGUGGUGUCUGAAAUGAUGCGAAAAAGUUCUUACUUGGGUAAAAGGUGUUCUACAGAGGUUGCAAAGAAGAUGGUGGCAAAAUAUCCAAAAUCUCUACAAGAUGUUAUCGAUGGAGAUGUCAUUGGCCCUGGCUAUCAUUCACUCGUCAAACAACUUCAAUAUCGAAUUGAGAACGUGAAGCGAUCUACAAUGCCUAAAAUAAGAACGCGAAAGCGCUGCUCUGAAAACUCUGACACAGAUGAAAUUCCUCAGGAACAGAGAGCUGCAAUUCAGGACACCUAUGGGUGUAUCAACUGGAAUGUAAAAUUCCUUCCUCUUGGAGAAACUGCUGAAAGUCAGCAACAGAAGAAGGACAAGCUCAAGAUGAUGUCUCUGCAGAAGGAGGCCAAUCCUGAGGAGAUGAAACAAUUACUGAGGACAACUUUCUACUCACAGCGCAAAGAUAUUAACCAGGGGAAAAGCAUUCAAGAUGUUUUGGAAGCCUGGCCUGUUUUAUUUCAUGACAUUGGGAUGGCUGUACACUACAAGGAACUUACUGGACUUGGAUUGAAGGAAACCUUCAUGAGGAACAUGGAUAUGAAGGGGAAAAGACUGCUGAACUACAUGAACACUGUUUGUGUGAACAAAAACAAAAGGUUUUUCCAGGCUCAGACAAAGUUGACGAUGUUAAAGGGAGAACUGGACGGUUACUCUGAAAAUGUUAAAGAGCUGAUGCUCCUACUUCUCUGCUACUUCAAUGAAAAUGAAGAAGCAAUGUUCUUCUGUGUGGAGGACACAUGCCUAGCUGAAGAAGUACAGAUGGAGAAUGUCUCCUUGACUCCCACUAUCAUUGUGUGUGGUCAAUCCUGCUUCCAUGCUAAACGAUUCAUGCUGAGUGUGGAUCAACAGAUUGGAAACAACAACAUCUCCUGUUUUAUUUCUGCCCUCUGCAUGAUGUUUGGGAGCUAUUAUUGUUUUAACAUACAUUAUCCAUCGGGGCUGGCGUCUACACUGGAGUUUCUGCAGAGGUGUUUCUUCUCAAUCAACCCAGACAAGGGCAGUAAGGUGGAAGAAACCCGUAAACCCAGACUGCAUGUGAACCCCCGUGUACUCACCUUGAUCCAGGAACUUUCGGAUUAUGAGUGGCGUGAUGUUUGAGAAAGGACUAAAGUCAGUGAGUUAUCAGGACAGUGUUUAAUCUUAACAGAGCUGAAUAGAUUUGUAAAUGUAUGUUGCAUCUCACACCGUGUCUGGUGAAGUUAAAAAGGUUGAAAAGACAUAUUUAUAUUUGUUCAGUGGCUGAAUUUUGCUCCAUGUCAGAAAGGACAAAUGAUAAUUUCAUUGAAAAUAUGUUUUCAAUUAAAAUGUUUAUUUGUUUAAAAAAAAAUUGAAUUAUUAUUAUAGAUACAGUUUAUAUUGGGCUUCCUUGUGUUUUUAAUUUGCAUUUAACUGGUAAAUGUUUGUUGAAAUUUGAUGUUUAUAGAUAUUUGAAAAUAGAAUUGUUUCUAAAAUAAGAAAAACUUUUGAAGCAAACAAACAUUAUUAUUGAAAUGUAUACUGGAAAUAGAAAUUUAUUGUAUGUUAUAAUCUUCAAGCCCCCCCCUCCAAAAAACGGGGUGAAAGUUGGUUCUCAUACUGUUUCUGAUAAAAUUAAAAAGGUUGAAGAAAUUUAUAUCUAUUCAGCAGGUGCAUUUGCUUCAUGUGCUUCAUGAUGUUCAGAAAAGAUGUUCAGAACUUCAUUGAAAAUAAAUAUUUCAAAGGCAUGCAAGUGUAUGUUUAUUUUUUUAAGAUUAUCAUAGAUACAAUUUAUAUUGGGCUUCCUUGUGUUUUAAAGUUUCCUUUAAGUGGGAAAUGUUUGUUGAAAUGUGAUGCUUAUGGAUAUUUAAAAAUAUAAUUAUUAGUAA